AGAGAUGUGUCGGAGCAACCAAAACUCGAUUCUGUCCCAAACCCGCACCAUCCUUCCUUUCCUCAUUCUCCUCUUCGCUGCCGCCAGUCCUUCACCGGCGAACCCCACCUUCCGGCCGUCGUCAACACUCGACCCAAAGCAGCUAACCGCACUCCAAUCCAUGGGCCUCCCCGUCGGCCGCGACCCAUGCAGCAACCCUUCUCCCCACAACAACGCCACCGCCUGCGACUCCGGCACCCCUUUCCGCCACCUCAUCUCCCUCCGCCUCUCCAACUGCUCCCCUGACCUCGACCUCUCUCCCACUGCUCUCCGUUCCCUCCACACUCUCCGAUCUCUAUCUUUCUUCCGCUGCCCUAUACCUCCAAUCAAACGCUUUCCCUCACCUCUCGACUCCUCUCUCCGCUCAUUCUCCUGUAUCUCCUCCCUCCGCCCUCUAUCCGGCAUUCUCCUUUCCCAUCUCCAUAACCUCACUGAUCUCUCCAUCAAAGACGUUCCCAUCUCCGUUUCUUCUCCCUUCAUUAUCUUUUCCCAGAUGCAUAACCUUCUCUCCGCCACCAUUUCCAACACCACCCUCUCCGGCCAACUCCCCCGCCAUUGGCAUUCCCUUUCCCUCUUCCACCUCGACCUUUCCUUAAACAUGCUUAAAGGCCCCGUUCCAGGAUCCAUUAGCCUCCUCGAAUCCCUAGAGUUUCUCAAUCUCAGCUCGAACUCUCUUACGGGACUCCUCCCAGAUGCUAUCGGUGACUUAAUCUUUCUCAAAACUGCAUCGUUCGCACGGAACGCGCUCUCCGGACCCAUUCCAGAAACAAUGGCGGCCAUGCCGGAGCUUACUGAACUCGAUCUGAGCUUCAAUCAGUUCAAUAGCAGCAUACCCCGGUUCUUGUCGGAGAUGAAAUCGUUAACGCAUUUGAAUCUGGAGAGCAAUAAUUUCCAGGGGGUUAUUCCAUUCAACUCCUCCUUCAUCAAGAGACUCGUGGUUUUCAAGUACGGCUUGCCGGUGCCACCGCCGCCGGGGAAAGCAGACAAGGAUGACUCUUUCUCCGAUUAUGACUAUGGUGGAGAAGACGACGGCGGUGGCGGGGAGAAGGGUGGCGGAGGUCACCAUGGGGUAAAUAAGCUUGUACUGGGAGUAGCUAUUGGUCUUUCCUGCUUGGUUUUCCUGGUAAUUUUUCUUGUUUGCCUCUCUAAGAUAUAUGGAUGAAUUAGAGAAAAUAUUUCAUUUUUCUUUUCCGAGGUUUUUAUGGUUUGGCAAUUUUAAUUUCUUUUCGGAUAAUGAAUUCAGUUGUUUUAUUUUGUUUUUGGUUACAUAACAUAAUUAGGGUGAUUAGUUGUUAAGUAAUUGUGAUUUCUAAAAUAUA